AUGGCUUUUGAUUACAUUGUUAUUGGAGCCGGCACGGCUGGAAUCCCCGUGGCAGUUCGCCUUGCUGAGGCAGGUAGUACCGUCGCUUUGAUAGAAGCCGGUUCUCUUCACCACCUGGGAAACGGCAAUUUCAGCCAAGUGCCAUUGUAUGCUUCUGCCUUUCAGCACACGUAUCCAGGUUCUGUAAUAAAUCCAAUAGUCGACUGGAAUUUGACUACCACUCCGCAAGCCGGUUUGAAUCGACUCUACCCACAGGGAAAGGCGGUUGGAGGGACAUCCACCCGGAGCCAUCAAGCCUUCACGUUCGCCCCCAAGAGCAGUUACCAGGAGUGGGCAGAUGCCGUAGACGACCAAUCGUACACUUGGGAAAGCAUUACUCCUUACCUAACCAAACCCAUCAACUUCACCGUUCCAUCCUUGUCAUACCGCUUCUCAAAUAGCACUGCAAGGUCUCCGCCUCAUUGGAAGAACCAUACCUCAGGCCCGCUGCAAAUCACAUUCAGCAAUUACGUGUGGCCGUGGGCGACUUGGAUCAAGAAGGCCCUCGUUGGACUAGGUUUCGAAGAAAAUCUCGAUGGCUUCGUCGGUGGCUCGCUUCACGGCGUCGCCCAUCAGCUUUUAACACUUGAUGCCACUUCUUUCACCAAAGAGACGUCAGACAGUAGCUAUCUCAACAGAUUGGGUAUAAACAACGGAAAUCUUGUUGUUUACACCAACGCCCUGGCGACCCGGAUUCUAUUCGACGCUUCCAAGACGGCGAACGGUGUCGAAUUUGACCGUGGCGGUCUGCUACUCAAGUUAUCUUGCAGGAAAGAGGUCAUUGUGUCGGCCGGUGCUUUUCGCUCUCCGCAGCUCCUCAUGCUUUCCGGAAUUGGCCCGAAAGCGACACUUGAGCGACAUGGAAUCAACGUUAUUUCUGAUCUUGCCGGCGUGGGUCAGAAUCUGGGUGACCAUGUGUGUGCUGGAAUCAGUAGGAGGGUCAGCGUCCCUACCACUGCCGAGCUUCAAUGGAACGCAGAUGCAGCCGCACAAGCUCUAAAGGACUAUGAAUCAAGCCCGCCCAGAGGCGCGUACACUACGUACGCAGCUGAUCUGCUUGCAUUCGAGAAGUUGCCCCAGAGAUACCGGCGGAAGCUAGAAAGAUCCGCACGCAACUCCCUUGAUAAUCUCGACGCUGAUAGGCCCGAGUUGGAGUUCGUUGCCUUCUCAGCAUACGGUGGCCCUCAUUCGGGCUUUCUUGGGAGCCCAGAUGGGCAUAAUUGGGCAACUUUGGCAGUCGCGCUUGUUUCCCCAUUCUCCCGUGGCAAUGUUUCCAUCAUGUCCGACAGAGCACAAGACAAUCCUAUUGUCAACCCAGCUUGGAUGAGUGACCCCCGCGACCCCGAAAUCGCCCUCCAAGCUUUCAGACGUUUGCAAGACAUCUUGAACAGCACGUUUCUUGCACCUGUGUUGGUCGGUCAUGAAGCCUUUCCACCUGCCUCUGCAUUGGAGACCGACUCUCAGGUCCUGGCAUUUGUACGGACAUACGCCAACCCGCUUUUUCAAGCUUCGGGGACAGCCAAGAUGGGUCGAAAAAGUGAUCCGAUGGCCGUGAUCGACUCCAAAGCUCGAGUAUUUGGUGUCAAAAAUGUUCGCGUUGUUGACGCAUCCUCGUUACCGAUACUUCUACCAAGCCACAUCCAGGGAACGAUUUAUGGACUCGCAGAGAAAAUUGCGGAUGAUAUCAUUCGCAUGGAGAAGUAUGACGUCGCUGGACCAGAGCUAUAUUCCACUGAUGUUAUUCCUGGGCAAGUGCGACUAGGCAUGCAUGACUGA